AUGCAUAACUUGAUCCAGUCUUAUAUUGGCACAAAGUUUGCUUUUCCAUGGUGGAAGCUGAUGUUUGAUCUUGCCCUUUCGGCUGUUCGCACUGCGGUGAGGGAUCAGAGGGGAAGGAAGGAGGUCAACAUCAAGAAUCACACCAGGGUCAAGAAGAUUUUCGGAGGAGAGAUUGAGGAUUCGAGAGUUCUUGACGGUAUCAUGCUGAAUAAGGAUAUUACGCACCUAACUAUGAGGAGGAGGAUUGAGAACCUUAGGAUUAUCUUGCUGGAUUGCGGGCUAGAGUAUAGGGGGGCAGGGCCUCAGACCAAAUUUCGAAAUUAGUAAGGAGGAAGACCGGAGUAAUAUCUUGGAAAUAGAGGAAAGACCGGUUGUGGUUAUGUUGCUAUUUUAGUGUUCAAGCCGGAUUUGGUCAAUACUGAGAAGGGAGUUUCUGGUGUCUGGUUUGACAUUGGGGUGAAAGACUAACGCUGCAACCUUAAGAUCUUGCUCAUCACUACCUCCUCAAGGGAAAUGUAACAGCCCUCCGCCAUGCCAGAAAGACCAAUAACAACCGUGUCACCCGCGCCGUUGGUGCUACAUUUGUGAGCCGUGUAGACGAUAUCAAUGAGUCAGAUGUUAGUACAAAAUGCGGUCUCUGUGAGAUUGAGAAGAUUAGUGAUGAGUACGAUAUCCUACCCUCUGAAACUUGAGGGUCCCGUGGAAGCAACAUAGCUGACGCUCUUCGAUACUUUUCGUUUAAGACAAAGUGUGAAGAUCCUAAAGCUUGCACUAUCCUCCGCCGUAGCCCUUCUAAGGAUAUCCUUAACGAAAUCGAACGCAAUAUCCAAGUCGCAAUAGAAAUAGAGCGCAAGGUCUUUUUUCCACCGCCGGUUAGCUACUAGAGGUGGCAAAGCUGUGAUGGCUAUCUCUGUGCUUCUUAUGAUCUCAAAGUCUAUUGAAGGUGUGCAGCAGCGGCCAUACAGGGGAGUUGCAGAAACCCUGGAAGUUGUUCCUAGGACACUGGUCACGAACUCCGGCGCUAGCCCAAUCAGUGCACUUACCCAGUUAUGUGCGAAGUGUGUUACGAAGGAGCAUACCUGGGGAUUGACGGCGACACCGGUAAGAUUGUUGGCUUGAAGGAAUAAGGUGUCAGGGAGCAUGAGGCGGUAAAGUUGCAGAGCAUCAAGACAACAAUUGGGGUGGGGGGGGAAACUUACGGGAUUGAGUUCGUUUGACUGGUAAUUUCUCCCCCCGUGUAGAUGAUACCUGUAGUGCCAAGGGAGCUAAACAAAGUAGUAGGGCUGGUGAGGGUCAAGAGGAA